AUGGACGCGCGCCCUCAGCGACCACUCCGAGCCCUCCGGAUCCAGGGCGACGAGAACGUAGCUCCUGCUCCCUCUAAGCAGACCCUCCAUCAACGUCACAAGUCUACUGGCACUCUCUCCAACAUGAUGUCAGUAGGUGGUCUCAAGGCAGCUGCCAAGAGAACUGCCUUUGGAGACGUUAGCAAUACAGUGAAGAACCUUUCAUCCACACGCGAUGAUUCUGCCAUUGCCGGCAAGUCAGCUCCCCAGGACUUCGUGAAGCCUGUGGUUUCUCAAGAGAACUCGGCGGCCUUCUUGAGACCAGCUCAUAGACCUCUUAAUGCAGCUGGCUCCAAAGGACCUGUCAAUACUCAGUCGGUUCCCGUCCUCCCGGACGCGGUCUCAAAGGCGUCUCAACCUCAACAGCUAGCAGAGGCAAGCAAGCGCACCCUUUUGAAGCGUGGCACAACUAUCUACAAGGAUACCUCAGAGACUGACCAGGCUCCACAAACCGUGACGGAGAGACAAGACACGGCUCCUGCUGCUCCCGUCCACCAGGGUCUGGGCCCGCGCCAGCACAAGAGCCAGCCGCAGCUAAAGGCAGAGCAGCCAGUCCUACGACGCACACAGAGCAAGAUUCUUACCGUCGAGCCACAAGUGAAUGCUACCACUGGUGACACCAUUUACCAAGACGCGAUCGAAGAGCAGAUCCCCUCUCCACCCAAAGACAGCUAUGAAGCCUACAUGAAGCUCAUGGUCGAAAAGCACGAUGAGCGCGUCGUUGAAGUCUCCCAGGCCACAGAGAAUGCCGUAGAGAGACCUCAUAGACAGUUGCCUGCUGCCCCUGUGGCUUCAGAGCCUGAGGAGUAUUGGGAGGAAGAGGAAGAAGAGGAGAUCUACGAUGAGCAAGGAUACACAACCGCUCAUUCCUAUAGAUCCAGAGGCGAUAAUACCACUGGAGGCGCCACCACUGUUCUCUUGCCCAAGGUCACAAACAAGGUCAAGAAGGAGCUUGCCGCAGCCAAGGAAUUCGUGGAGAGAUCACGUACACGUGAGGAGAUCGAUGAUGAGGCAUGGGACACCAGCAUGGUUGCAGAGUAUGGUGAUGAGAUCUUUGCAUACAUGCGAGAGCUCGAGAACAAGAUGUUGCCUAAUCCGCACUACAUGGACAACCAGGCCGAGAUUCAAUGGUCGAUGCGAUCUGUCCUCAUGGACUGGUUGAUUCAAGUUCAUCAUCGAUUCGCCUUGUUGCCUGAGACACUCUUCCUGUGCGUCAAUUAUAUUGAUCGCUUCUUGUCUUGCAAGAUCGUCUCUCUGGGCAAGCUUCAGUUAGUUGGUGCCACAGCUAUCUUCGUCGCUGCCAAGUACGAGGAGAUCAACUGCCCAUCUGUUGGCGAGAUUGUCUACAUGGUUGAUGGCGGCUACACCGUUGAUGAAAUUCUGAAGGCAGAGCGCUUCAUGCUUAGCAUGCUUCAGUUCGAGCUUGGGUGGCCUGGUCCCAUGAGCUUCCUUCGACGCAUUAGCAAGGCUGAUGAUUAUGACCUGGAGACUAGAACCUUGGCCAAGUACUUCCUGGAAAUCACCAUCAUGGAUGAACGCUUUGUUGGGCUUCCUCCAAGCUAUAUUGCUGCUGGUGCUCACUGCCUUUCUCGUAUGAUGCUCAAGAAGGGUGACUGGAGCCCCGCUCAUGUUUACUACUCUGGAUACACCUGGACCCAAAUCAGGCCAUUGGUAUCAAUGAUCCUCGAAUGUUGCGAGAGCCCCCACAAGCAUCAUUCUGCCGUCUUUGAGAAGUACUCGGAUCGUCGAUACAAGCGUGCUUCCAUUUUCGUCCAGGCCGAGAUGACCAAGGGAUUCACCUUGCCGCCACUCCAACUCUCCCGAUUGUCCCUCCCAUCUCUUGAAGAUGUUGACGCACACCUGCCAUAUGAGACCCGAGAGUCAUUCAAGCGCAUGGUCCAAGUCAAGGGCUGUUAG